AUGUUCAGAAACCUAGGUAGAUUUGACCAAGAUUUUGACAAUCUUUUGCUUAGACCACGUAAAUAUUCGAAUAUUUUGCCCAAGAAAUAUAACCCUAGGCAACUAGCUGAACAAUCGCACCCCAGAACGUCGAAAGAAGUUGGAAGACCAAUGGGGGGACUUCAUGCCCCUUCGAUCUGGGACAGAAACGAAUGGUUUGUUGAUGAUUUCUGGGAUAAAUUCAACUCUGGUAGGUACUUUGUUGGCUUUGACGAUUCGGUGAACAUUGUUGAAAAGAACGAUAAAUACCUUGUUGCCUACAAGGAGCCAGGUUUGAAGGAGGACGAUAUACAAAUUGACUUUAACAAGGAGGAUAACGAAUUGGUGAUUUAUAUGAAUCAGGAAGAAGGCUCCGCUACCGGCUCCCACUCGAAAUCAUACCAAAGCACCAUGAAGUUUGACAAGGCUGUUAAGGUGGAUGGCAUUCAAGCUGAGAUUGACGAGAGUGGUGUUGAAUUGGUCUUGCCAAAAGUGCAUGCUGACAAUGAGCAUUAUCACCACGUUGAAGUCAAGAAGAAACAACCAUAA